CCCAGUCCCCACCAGGGUGUCCUGAUCCCUUUAGAAGCUGACCUCCGACCUGGGGGCAGCCAGAGUCCAGGUACCCCAGCCCCCGCCGUGGGCCCAGAGGCCUGGAUCAGCAAGCCUUGGCUCUGCUUAUAGCAUCUGACGCCAGAGGGCCCGAAAAUAGCCCCUGGAGGACGGGGGAAGGGUCUAUUUAAAGGGCCUGGGAGGAGCAGAGCUGAGAGCAGUGAGGAGUGAUCAUGGCCUCUUCAGAGCUGAGCUGCCAGGUGACCGAGGAGAACUGCGAGCGCAGAGAGGCCUUCUGGGCUCAAUGGAAGGAUCUGACACUGUCCACACGGCCUGAGGAGGGCUGCUCCCUGCAUGAGGAGGAUGCCCAGCGGCAUGAGACCUACCACCAGCAAGGGCAGUGCCAGGCGCUGGUGCAGCAUUCCCCCUGGCUGGUGAUGCGAUUGGGCAUCCUUGGCCGGGGGCUGCAGGAGUACCAGCUGCCCUACCAGCGGGCGCUGCCGCUGCCCAUCUUCACCCCCACCAAGUUGGGUGCCGCCAAGGAGGAGCACAAUGACACCCCCAUCCAACUGCAGGAGCUGCUGGCGCUGGAGACGGCCCUGGGUGGCCAGUGUGUGGAACGCCAGGAUGUGGCCGAGAUCACCAAGCAGCUGCCCCCUGUGGUGCCAGUCAGCAAGCCUGGUGCCCUUCGUCGCUCCCUGUCUCGCUCCAUGUCCCAGGAAGCACAGAGAGGCUGA